GCGGGACCGUGCGAGACAGGAGUUCCCUGUAGCUGUGGAUGGAGGAUUAAUGGUGGGGUCUGGCUGCGGUAGGGCUGAGUUUUGAGGCCUGAACGGUGCGUGAAAGCGGGGGAGUCGAGGACAGGCGGCCGGGGAUACUUGAGGAAAGGGUCGGGGACGAGUUGGGGGUCAUAGGCGGGAGCUGUGUCGCGAGUUGGGUCGCUAAGGCGGGGGAGUUGAAGGCCUUGGCGGCGGCGGCGGAGAAGGAGGUGGUGGCGGUUGAGGAGGAGGAGAAGGAGGGGGACUGGCAAAGCUAGCUGGCUAACUAGCUAGUUAGCGCUGACUGGCGGCUAACUAGUUAGCUAGGCUGGGUGAGAAAGUUGCUAAGCUAGUUAGCUUUGCUUCUUUAGCUAAGACCGAGGGUAGUAGGCUUAUUGAGCUAGUUGGUUAGCUAGCUAGCUUAGAGCAGGGAGGGAAAACGGGGGCAACCGAAAAUAAACACACACCAACGGCUAGCUCGCUCGCUAGCUUUAGCUUAGCUUAGCCUAGCCAGCUAACUACCAAGCUAAACCAACUAGCUAGCUAACCACGAGAGCCAGCCAGAGCCUGUUAGCUGAGGCGCCUGACUCACAGCCCUCACAGCUCCUGCCCACCAGACUAGCUUAGCUAACUAGUUAGCUUAGCUACAACUGUCAACGCAGUGUUUGGUUAUGAGCAGCACCAGCUAGUGCAACCCAUCCACCCAGCCAGCCUGUUGGAAAUUGUAUGCUCAUAUCAUCAGGAACCAGGAGUGUGUAAAGACAAGAUAUCAAUCAUAUCAUCAUCAUUUCUGAGGAGAUUAUUCCAGUGCAGAAGAUCAUCCUACCUGGCCUGCAAUCAUGGGCAACGCGCCCACCGCCAAGAACAAGGGCAAUGAAAUGGAGAGCGUGAAGGAGUUUCUUGCUAAAGCCAAAGAAGAUUUCCUCAAGAAAUGGGAGAAUCCAGCACAGAACACUGCGUCUCUGGACCAGUUCGAGAGGCUGAAGACACUGGGCACAGGCUCCUUCGGUCGAGUCAUGCUAGUCAAGCACAAAGAAACGGGCCAGCACUUUGCUAUGAAGAUUCUCGACAAACAGAAAGUGGUUAAGCUGAAACAGAUAGAACACACACUGAAUGAGAAACGCAUUCUGCAAGCGGUCAGCUUCCCUUUUCUCGUACGGUUGGAGCACUCCUUCAAGGACAAUUCUAAUCUGUAUAUGGUAAUGGAGUAUGUUCCUGGAGGGGAGAUGUUUUCUCACUUGAGGAGAAUCGGCAGAUUCAGUGAGCCUCACGCUCGCUUCUAUGCUGCCCAGAUAGUUCUGACCUUUGAAUACCUUCACUCGCUUGACCUCAUCUACCGAGAUCUGAAGCCUGAGAACCUGCUGAUAGAUCAGCAGGGCUAUAUACAGGUAACAGAUUUUGGCUUUGCCAAGCGUGUCAAGGGCCGGACCUGGACGCUGUGCGGCACUCCCGAGUACCUGGCCCCAGAAAUCAUCCUCAGUAAAGGCUAUAAUAAAGCAGUGGACUGGUGGGCGCUGGGGGUACUGAUUUAUGAGAUGGCUGCUGGUUACCCCCCCUUCUUCGCCGAUCAGCCCAUUCAAAUCUACGAGAAGAUUGUCUCAGGCAAGGUGCGCUUCCCCUCCCACUUCAGCUCAGACCUGAAGGACCUGCUGAGAAAUCUGCUGCAGGUGGACCUGACUAAACGCUUCGGCAACCUCAAGAACGGCGUCAGUGACAUCAAGGGCCACAAGUGGUUUGCCACCACCGACUGGAUCGCCAUCUAUCAGAGGAAGGUGGAAGCCCCCUUCAUCCCCAAGUGCAAAGGUCCCGGGGACACCAGCAACUUCGACGACUACGAGGAAGAGGAGAUCCGAGUCUCGUUCACAGAAAAAUGCGGAAAGGAGUUUGCUGAGUUCUAGACGACCCAGCCAGGAGCAGUGGAGGGAGAGAGAGCGGCGGAGUGAUGUAGACGGAGGGGGGCAGCAAAAAGAGAGAGGGAGAUGAUAGACUGGACUGAGCCUGUAUUCAGUAACAACAACAACAACAGUGAUGUAGACCCCCUCCCGAUAUACACAGAGAUGGAGAGAGAGGGAAAAGGAAAAAAAAAGAGAGAGAGAGAGAGUCCCAAGAUAGAGCCAGCAGUGUUGUUGCCUUUCGAGAUCGCUUAUCACUUAUUAUAUAUACUUAUUCAUUCUUCAUCUUCUCCCUUUGGUUUGUAGAGAGGGUCCUCUAGGCAGAGGGGCAGACCUCUCUCUGGGUUUGGUCGGCAGUGGGGGCGCAGAGCUUAAUCUCUGGUACUGGAUCGCAGUUCGUCUAGGAGCCUCACUCCUGGAGAGCGGCCGGAAAUCUUGAAUGAGCUCGGCGGCCGAGCCUUGCUCUGAUAUUCUUUACCCUGUUUAGCGUUGCAUCGACCCUUCAACCCCUCACCCAUCACCCCUUACCACUUACCCACCCCUUUCUGUUUUUUUUCUCUGUUUAUUCUGUUUUUUUUUUUUCUUUUCUUUCAACCUCCUUUGAUUCUUUCCAUUCAGAAUCUGUCCUAGCAAUACCACGUCAAACUGGUCGGCCUAGUGGCACUAACAGAAAACAGGUGGUGGCGGAAAGCCAGCUUCUUUUCUUUUUUUUUUUUCUUUUUUUUUUUCUCUCUGUUUAGUGGAGUUUGGGGCACUUUUUGGUUUUUGGCUUUGGUGGCUUUUGCCAGUGGUUCAAUAUUAACCAACACCAAUACCACCCUGUUCACACUAUUUUAGUUUUUAUGUUGUAUUUUUUUUGUAGUUUUUCCGUGCUGGAAAUUGGUCCACUCUUGCUAGGUACAAUUUCCAGAUGUGUUCUUGACAACCAGUUCAAAAACGAAACUUGUCAUCUUGUUCCUCAUUUUCUUCCUCGACUUUCCUUUGUGGCUUGCUAGAGCACGUUUUAGGCCCAGCUUAAAUCACAGCUAUAGCGGCCAGUGUGGAGGAAGCUCUGUGGUUGAGAAAAAAGAAAACGAAAAAGGCCACUGGUUUGAUCUCACACUCCUUAAUCUAAUCUUGGUAGCACAUGUGUACUGUUACAGCGGCCUGCCUCCAGCUCAUUACAACACUUAUUACUUAUUACUUAUUACAUUCAAUACAUUCAACCCCACUGUUCUUUUUUUCUUUUUUUUUUGCUUGGUUGGUUGAUUGGUUGGUUGAUAGUUUGUUCGUUUCUUCUGUAAAACCUUAAAUAUGAAGGCUUCUUUUUCUUCCAGAAGUAAAAAAAAAUAAUAAUUCAAGUCUAACUACCGAUAUGUGGGGAGAAAUGUAAUGUGAAUGGAUCGUUCAAGCACAAAGCGCGCUUGUUAGUUGCAGUGAAGCUGGUGUGGAUUACGAUGAUGUGUUAACAACACGGGAAAAGAAAAGUCCCAAAAAAAAGGUGCAUGUUGUUAUUUUUGUACUGCAACACAGUUGUUUGAGUUGUUGGAGCAGGACUAUGCGAGGUUUCUGCUCAGGAGUUUGUAUGUGGUGUGUACUGACUGACUGACUGACUGACAGUGUGUGUAUAUGUGUAUGUGAACCGCCCCCUCCCCCGCCGCCAUGCAGUGAACAAACCCAAACCGAAACUCUGCAACUGGUGUUGUUUUAGGUCUGUAAGCAGAGAUCUCUGUUCUUAGAUCCAUCGAUCUAAGAACAGGUGAUGAUGAUGGGUAAGAGAUAUGGGUAUUGUGUGUAUAUUUCUUUUCUUUUUUUAAUUGUUUUUUUCCUUUUGAAUACCCUUCACUACAGACACUAAACUAACCUGCCUUUUUUGUGAGCAUCUCUAACCAUACAUACUCUGUGCAGGCCAGGCCAGGUUAAGGCUAGGCAUCCUCUUUUUUUUUUCUAUUUUGUUCUUUUUACUAUGAGCCUUUUUUAAAAAGCAAAAACAAAACGUGCAACAGUCAAGUCAAGUGCCCAGGUCACUUGCGAUGACCGCUCUCCAGCGCUUCAGAUGUUUUGACUACUCGUCUGUGAACUGCAGGAUACUUGUACUUGUACUACUCUUGUAGCUACUGGUGGGGCUUCGUAUGUGUAUAUAAUCGAUCGAUGGAUUUGUAAGCAGAUCAGAUCAGUGAGCGGAUCUUGUGCGCCCCAUAUAUUUAAACACAAAUACAACAAUACAAAUUUUAGCCUUUGGUGCAAAGUUCUUAAGUUCUUUGACCUGAGAACUCUUGAGAACAUGGGGUUAAGAGCCCAAUCUUGCUCUUUUGAUUGAUUCAGCAGGACGCAAGACAAUCUAAAACCCAAUCUAAAAAUCUUGGAGAUGUUCUUUAGUGCCCCAACACUUGCAACUGCGCAAUAACGUGGAAUGUUAGCGGUAAUGAUUUAGUUUGUUUUAAUCUGAGAUUUGCUUUAAUAUUAAUUCUGUUUGUGCGGCAUUGUGUUCUACUUUGGAUUUUUUUUUUGUUUGUUUUUGGCUUUUUCGUACAGGACUCGCAAGCAGCAGUGUGCUGUUUUGGUCUCUGCUAAACCUGCAUAAAAUUCUGUGAUCUAUGUGACGUAAUUGAGGAUCCUCAUUGUUUUUUUGUUUGUUUGUUUUUUUUGUUUAGUUUUUUUUAUUUUAAAUAUACAGUGUGUGUGUGUGUGUGUUGUAGUUUGAUUUACUUUUACUGAGUGAUGUUCACAAAGCUAACGAAUUAGUGCCAGCAUAAAAACAGAUCAUUUAUAGUGGGCGUGGGCAGGGACUGCAGCAGGAGCAGAGCAGAGGUUGUAUGUCUUUGAAAUAUUAUUAUUAUUAUUAUAUAUUAAUUUUUGACACCAAAAUGGUUGUUUGUACAACUGACUGCUGUUUGAAUAGAAUUGAGGGAGGGCAGAGAAACGACCCCAAGGCCGGCCGAAGUACCAUCAGUUUAUAAAGUUUUGUUUUUCUUUCUUUUGUUCUUUUUUUUGUUUUGUUUUGUUUGGCUGUUGAGUGUCACCUGUAGACACACCAUUCAUUCUUUAUUUUUUAUUUUUUUCACAUUUGAUUUCUUUUUCUUCUCUCUUUAAGGCUCCAAAGCAUGUCAUUAAACUAUUAUACAAAGUGGGGGAACUUCCUCAUCACCCCUUGGUUUAGUGUAGCUCAUGCACUGGGGGGUAAAAUCAGUGUUCUUAUGAAAGCUUACUGCGUACUGAAGAAAUGAAAUCGACAGACUUUGGCUUGGCUGCAGUGGCAUUUUGACGAGACACUUGGCUAAGGACUAUCCCCUAUUGAUAUACUAUGUCAGAGGAUGUACCAAAGUGGUUCAGAUUAGAACCAAAUCUUUCCUUGAUCUGUUCCAUUAACCUUUUUUUUUAUUAAAUAAAAAAAAAAUACAGGGGCUGAAAGUAUAAAGCUCCAUAAAGUGAGCUCUCACCUGAGAUUCUAUUAUAUUCUAUUCUCUGGUGCUUCUGCGCUCUUCUCUUCAUGUUCUACUGAAAAGGGGAGUCGCUCUUAGAUGAACGCUUUUGCGCUGAGCUCCCUUUAUACUCACCGGCCCUGAAAAAACAAAACAAAACAAAAGAGAUGUGGACAGUAAGGAGAAGUAAAUCCUGUAAAUCUAUAAGCAGGUUCUAAGCAGGUCAUUCACCACAGCGUCUAAUCGUUUUCCAAUACCCAAAGAUUUAUGGGAAAUGCUCAGAUGCACACCACUGCUGAGGCCUCUUCUGACAGAGUAUGUAAAUAAGUGAUAACCCGGUGUGUGGUUCUGCUGUUGCAGUCACCCUCUCUCUGUCCUCUCGGUUCUCUGGGCCCAAUUCCUCUCUUGAAACACGUUUGGUGUCCCAUGUCCCUCCGUCUCCUCCUCAUCCCUUCACUAUGUUGUCAAUCAGCUAUUUUUGUGUGCAUCAGUCCACGCUUCAAUUUGCCUUUGUACACAUCCAGUUUCCUACACUCUAUUUGCUUUUUAAAAUCAUGAAGUAAAAAAAAAAACAUUGAUUUACUUUUUGCAUAUUUUCUAAGUGUAUUUUCAAUAACAAGAAACUCUUUUUUUUCCCCCCGACACAGGUAUGGUGAUGGUGUGGUUUAUUGUACCUUUUCGGGGAAACAAUACUGUAUAUUCUCUGCCUUUAACAGUCUUAAUUAUUUUACCUUCUGGAGAACUUGACGGAUACCCGUAAGACACAUGGAGUAUGUUAAAAUAAAACGACAAAAAAAAAAAUACAAAAAAAUUACACAGAAUAAUAUUUUGCAACAUGUAUCAUUCCAAUAAAGUUUUAAUUGUUAAAAUUACCAAA